AACCUUGGAUUCGAGCUUCUCUCUGCUGCGCCGAUAAUUCUUUUCUCGAAGCGUUGGUGCCAACGGCGCAAAUGCCCCAUGAAAUCGGGCCGUCAUCUAAUGCCCGGAUCUACACAGAAGAGAUAAUCAAGUCCUGUGAGCUGGAUCGUUGUAUCGGCGUUGUAAUAUCCCACUCAGUGCGUCUAAUUCAUGUGUCAUCCUAGUGGCCCAACAAUCCAGGGAGGAACCUACUUUCCAGACCAGGAGUUCCAGGGGAAUCAAUGCACACAAAAGCUGCAGACCACAAACAAAUUCAAUGAUCCCCAGCAGCCCCAGACUUCCGAGAGCACUGAUACCACAGCUCCUGGGGCCCAACGAUCCAGCGAGGUCUCGGGUUGCCAGGCCAGGCAGUUGCAGGGGGAUCAAUACACAAAGAAACUGCAGACUACAGAGCAAUCCGAUAAUUCACAGCAGCCGCAGACCUCUGAAAACAUCAAUACCACAGCUCCUGGGGACCAGCAUUCCAGGAAGAAGUCUACUGUCCAGUCGCAGGAAUCCCAAGGGAAUCGAUGCACACAGAAGCCGCAGACCACGAAGCAACCCAGUGAUCUCCAGCAGCCCCCGACUUCCAAGAGCACUGUUACUACAGCCCCAUCUCAAUCAUCCCGACAACCCCAGACGUUCGAAAGUACGGAAGUAACAGUCCCUUCCACGGACAGUGAAUGCAAGCGGCGUUAUAAACACCUGAAGGAAUACCCAUACAUCCAGCAUGUCGGCUUCAGCCAACAAGGCUGCAAGCUCUGGGUCACGCGGAAGAUCUUCUGGAGCCCCCAGCGCUUUAUCUCGUUGGAGGCCGAUUUCCUGGGCCAGCCCAUCCCUGGCCCAUACGAGGAGGCGCUGUGGGCGGCAUGUCUUCAUCACCCUCACUGCGACGUGUAUGAAGAGUUCCGCAUCGAGCCCCUCGACGUAUCCCGCGACGGGACGAGGCUCAGAGCGAAGUUUGCCCGGCCUGGCUGUCCGCCUGAGAGCAAACCAAUCCCUGCCCAUCUGCGGGGACUGCCCAGCACCUACUGUCAGAGCUGGACCGGUGGAUUAAACGCGUUGGACGCCGAGGGCAUCUCAGACUUUGUCCUGGCUGACGCGGACCAAGCUAAUCUCCCCAUAAUCCCUUUGUUGGUACUGCAGCUGGCGGUCGAGCGGGCCGCAAACCCUCCUCCCCUUGCUGCUGACUCCAAGCCCAAGAAAAAGGUUACUGUCUCGGAGAAGGAGAUACCGCAGGAUCCCAAGCAUCAAGUCCACCGACACAAGAAGUUCCCUGUACUUCGUAACCUAAGUUCUUUGGGGGUCUGUCUGCUGCCUAUGUUCUGGUGGCAGCGCUACAAGAAGAGUCGACAGCUCUGAGCCUCUCGACAGAGCAACCAACCCCGCAUCUCGCCCAAGAAUUUGCAAUCUCUUUGCUCCGGUGUGUUUUGGCUUGAUCAUUCAUACUAAAAGUCGGGUUUCAGUUUUUCGGUUUCGUUUAGCUUCUACUUUUCCGGGCAGUUUGCGUGACUAUCGAAUAUGAUUAGCU